AUGGAUUUUGAAUCAAUAGAAGAUCAAGAUGGAAUUCGUCUGUCUUGGAAUAUGUUUCCUGCUACAACAGCAGAAACCGCAAGAGCGGUAAUCCCCAUUGGCGCUAUGUACACUCCUUUGCAUCAAAAACCCGACCUUGUUACCGCUCCUUAUGAACCCAUCACCUGUCGGGCUCCAUGCCGAGCAGUCAUGAAUCCUUACUGUAAUGUAGACUUACGCGCGAGGUUUUGGAUUUGUCCGUUUUGUUUUCAAAGAAACUCUCUUCCUCCUCAAUAUCAUGACAUUUCCACCAAUAAUUUACCUUUGGAACUUCUCAGUCAAAAUACGACCAUGGAAUAUACUUUAAACCGUCCAGUCAAGGCUCCUCCCGUGUUUCUAUUCCUUGUCGAUACUGCCGUUUCUGAAUCUGAACUUCAGGCCAUGAAGGAUGCCAUCAUUGUCAGUCUCAGUCUCCUUCCUCCAGAUGCAAUUAUAGGCUUAGUUACUUUUGGCUCUGUAAUUCAGGUUCAUGAAAUCGGCUUCCAUGCCAUCCCCAAGUCUUUUUGUUUCCAACCUGAUACAAACUACACUAGUAUGCAGCUUCAGUAUUUACUCGGCUUAUCUGGAGGACAAUUCCGCCCUAUGGUCUCCAAAACCACUAUCCAAGGUACCGGCGUCACACUAAACUUAGGUGCUGCAUCCCGAUUUCUCUUACCUGUUCAGCAAUGUGAAUUGCAUCUUUUGAAUAUUCUUGAGCAGCUUUCUCCCGAUCCAUCACCUGUUCCACUCGGUAAGCGUGCUCUGAGGUGUACUGGUUCGGCUCUAAAAAUAUCAGCAACUCUUUUAGAAAUAGCAUUUCCUAAAAGUGGUGCUCGAAUUGAGUUGUUUGCUGGUGGCCCUUGCACCGUGGGUCCUGGACAGGUUGUUUCAGUCGAAUUGAAGGAACCCAUGCGCUCCCAUUCUGAAUUGGAAAAUGAUAAAGCAAAGCAUUUUAAAAAAGCAAGACGAUUCUACAAGGAGGAGGCUCAACGACUAUCCGAACUAGGCCAUACUGUCGAUAUUUUCGCAGGCUGCUUGGAUCAGGUAGGAAUCAUGGAAAUGGAAAGCCUCGUCAACUAUACCGGUGGGCACAUUGUACUUUCGGAUUCUUUCUCGACGUCCAUCUUCAAACAAAGUUACCAGAGAUUAUUCAAUGCAGAUGAGUUUGGAUAUCUCAGAAUGGGAUUUACUUCUACUUUGGAUGUCAUAACCUCGAAGGGAUUAAACGUCUGUGGCAUGAUUGGUAAUGGAUUGGGCGAAGGAAAAAAGAGUAAUAAUACCAGUGAUAAUGUGAUUGGGAUAGGCGGAACGGAUUCAUGGAGAAUUUCUACAAUCUCUCCAAAGUCAACAUUUGCCAUAUACUUUGAUUUGAGCAAAGAAAUGAAUAAUCCUGCUUCUCAACAUCCUGCACAAUCAUAUAUUCAAUUUCUAACGUUAUAUCAACAUACUUCCGGCACUUAUCGACUUCGUGUCACAACAAUUUCACGCUCUUUUAUAACUGGUCACGCCAAAAGCAUAUCAGAUUCAUUUGAUCAAGAAGCGGCUGCCGCAUUGAUAGCUCGUAUGGCACUCUUCAAAUGCCAUAACGAUGAUGAAUAUGGCGUAGCUAGAUGGAUUGAUCGCACUUUAAUUAGACUUUGUCAAAAUUUUGCUGAUUACAGAAAGGGGGACCCAAUGAGUUUCCGUCUUUUGCCAAAUUUCACCUUAUUUCCUCAAUUUAUGUUCCAUCUUCGUCGUAGUCAAUUUCUUCAAGUUUUUAACAACUCUCCCGACGAAACAUCUUUUUAUCGCCAUACAUUGAAUUUUUCCGACGUGAUGGACUCAUUGAUUAUGAUACAACCUACUCUUCAAUCUUACAGCUUGGAUUGUCCUGAAGGAAUUCCUGUUUUGCUUGACUCAAUUUCAAUCAAGUCGGAUGCGAUUUUGUUACUAGACACAUUCUUCCAUAUUUUAAUUUUCCAUGGAUCAAUAAUUGCUCAAUGGAGGAAUGCUGGCUAUCAAGAUUUACCAGAGUACACUAACAUCAAGGAACUUCUUUUGGCACCAAAAGUUGAAGUAACGGAACUCUUGGCAGAUCGUUUUCCUAUUCCGAGAUUUAUUGUUUGUGACCAAGGAGGUAGUCAAGCUAGAUUUUUGUUGUCUAGGAUUAAUCCUUCAGUGUCUAUUGCUGAAUCAUCGCCUUAUCAUAGCAUGUCGGACAAUUCUGAACCUGUCCUAACCGAUGAUGUUAACUUGCAAAAGUUUAUGGAACAUUUACGAAAAAUGGUAGUAGCAUCAUGA